CUUCUACUUAAGAUAGGAAGAAUGUGUCCUUCCAUCACAAUGAAAGUUUUUUGUGAUACUCAUUUUCUACCCAGUUAUACAGCUUCCUCAUUAACAGGGAAUACUCAUGACAUGUCUGUGUAUAAUAACCAUCUUGAGACCAUGUCUUGAAUCUGCGUAUAAACAUUACAAAGGGUAGAAUUCUGCAUGUGCAUGGGCAACUUGUAUUAUUUUAAUAGUGAUGGCUAGUUUCCGUUUCUUUAAAGGCCCAUAUAGUUGAGAAAUACUAGUAUUUCUCGGGAUUUUAAGAUCAUAAUAUCCGUGUUGCUGGUUGUGAAAAUUGUCUGGGUUGGUGGGGACUGGGAGAAAAGAACAUUUCCACAGGAUUUGGCUAUCAACAAAUCUUUGUUUCCUGUUCUGGCCUCCCUACCUAUCAGCUAUAUUAGUGACCCUGCCGGCAGGUUUCUCCUUUCUUUUACCACAGGAAAACUGUCCGACCUCUUUUUCUAGCAUUUUCAGGACCCGCCUGACAGGAAAUUUUCUAAUUGCCGGAACAGCUGGUAGGAGAAAACUUUACAGGGGCUUGGCCUUUCCUUUCUAACUUAAGUUUUACCGUUAGAAAUUACUUUAUCACCGUCAUGGUUUCGUAGCCAUGUUUAAAUUUUUGUCUUUUCGUGUUCGCUCUAUACAGGAAGAAGGCAGUAUCAAAGAAAUUGCAAUCACACAUCAUGUAAAGGAAGGUCAUGAAAAGGCAGAUCCUUCCCAGUUUGAGCUUUUAAAAGUAUUAGGACAGGGAUCAUUUGGAAAGGUUUUCUUGGUGAAAAAAAUCUCAGGCUCUGAUGCUAGACAGCUUUAUGCCAUGAAGGUAUUGAAGAAGGCCACACUGAAAGUUCGAGACCGUGUUCGGACAAAAAUGGAACGUGAUAUUUUGGUAGAAGUUAAUCAUCCUUUUAUUGUCAAGUUACAUUAUGCUUUUCAGACUGAAGGAAAGUUGUAUCUUAUUUUGGAUUUUCUCAGGGGAGGAGAUUUGUUUACACGAUUAUCCAAAGAGGUGAUGUUCACAGAAGAAGAUGUCAAAUUCUACUUGGCUGAACUUGCACUUGCUUUAGACCAUCUACAUAGCCUGGGAAUAAUCUAUAGAGACUUAAAGCCAGAAAACAUACUUCUUGAUGAAGAAGGUCACAUCAAGUUAACAGAUUUUGGCCUAAGUAAAGAGUCUAUUGACCAUGAAAAGAAGGCAUAUUCUUUUUGUGGAACUGUGGAAUAUAUGGCUCCAGAAGUAGUUAAUCGUCGUGGUCAUACUCAGAGUGCUGACUGGUGGUCAUUUGGUGUGUUAAUGUUUGAAAUGCUCACUGGUACAUUACCGUUCCAAGGAAAAGAUCGAAAAGAAACAAUGACUAUGAUUCUUAAAGCCAAACUUGGGAUGCCACAGUUUUUGAGUCCUGAAGCCCAGAGUCUUUUACGAAUGCUUUUCAAACGAAAUCCAGCCAACAGAUUAGGCGCAGGACCAGAUGGAGUUGAAGAGAUUAAGAGACAUUCAUUUUUCUCAACAAUAGACUGGAAUAAACUAUAUAGGAGAGAAAUUCAUCCACCUUUUAAACCUGCAACUGGUAGGCCUGAAGAUACAUUCUAUUUUGAUCCUGAAUUUACUGCAAAAACUCCCAAAGAUUCACCCGGCAUUCCACCUAGUGCUAAUGCACACCAGCUCUUUCGGGGGUUUAGUUUUGUUGCUAUUACCUCAGACGAUGAAAGCCAAGCAAUGCAGACAGUUGGUGUACAUUCAAUUGUUCAGCAAUUGCACAGGAACAGUAUCCAGUUUACUGAUGGAUAUGAAGUAAAAGAAGAUAUUGGAGUUGGAUCAUACUCUGUUUGCAAGAGAUGUAUACAUAAAGCCACAAACAUGGAGUUUGCAGUGAAGAUUAUUGAUAAAAGCAAGAGAGAUCCAACUGAGGAAAUUGAAAUUCUUCUCCGUUAUGGACAGCACCCAAACAUUAUUACCCUAAAGGACGUAUAUGAUGAUGGAAAAUAUGUGUAUGUAGUAACAGAACUUAUGAAAGGAGGUGAAUUACUGGAUAAAAUUCUUAGACAGAAAUUUUUCUCUGAACGAGAAGCCAGUGCUGUCCUGUUUACCAUAACCAAAACUGUCGAAUAUCUUCAUGCACAAGGGGUGGUUCACAGAGACUUGAAACCUAGCAACAUUCUUUAUGUGGAUGAAUCUGGUAAUCCAGAAUCUAUUCGAAUUUGUGAUUUUGGCUUUGCAAAACAGCUGAGAGCAGAAAAUGGUCUUCUCAUGACUCCCUGUUAUACUGCAAAUUUUGUUGCACCAGAGGUUUUAAAGCGACAAGGCUAUGAUGCUGCUUGUGAUAUAUGGAGUCUUGGUGUCCUCCUCUAUACAAUGCUUACUGGCUACACUCCAUUUGCAAAUGGUCCUGAUGACACACCAGAGGAAAUAUUGGCACGAAUAGGUAGCGGAAAAUUCUCACUCAGUGGUGGUUACUGGAAUUCCGUUUCAGACACAGCAAAGGACCUGGUGUCAAAGAUGCUUCACGUAGACCCUCAUCAGAGACUGACUGCUGCUCUGGUGCUCAGACAUCCUUGGAUCGUCCACUGGGACCAACUGCCGCAAUACCAACUGAACAGACAGGAUGCGCCACAUCUAGUAAAGGGUGCCAUGGCAGCUACGUACUCUGCUUUAAACCGUAAUCAGUCACCAGUCUUGGAACCGGUAGGCCGCUCCACUCUUGCUCAGCGGAGAGGUAUUAAAAAAAUCACCUCAACAGCCCUGUGAAGUGACCUCAGUGAGAGAUUUGGUACCAUGGUGUAAGCUGAUAGCACAAGUUCUGGCGACAGGUAGCACAUAUCUGAGAGACACCUGCAAGCACACACUGUCCCAGCCGGUACCCAUAAUGCUGCUGCCCCUGCUGCUGCUCCUGCUUUCGUCUCUUCUCGCUUUCAAUGAUCGUUAGCAAGUUAGAUUUUCCUGGAGCUCCGGAUGAAAUGAAAGUGGAAACGUGAUGAAGAUAUAUUCACUGAAUCAAUGAGAAAAACAAUGAACAUAUGAAUACCACCUAAAAUACACUGAAUAAAGUACUCUACACCAUAUAGCAUUAUUUUUAUAGGAGAUAUUUCAUGUCCCUUAAAUAUUCUUUGUUAGUUAUAGGGAUGGACAGUUUAUGUUAAGCACUUAGCUUAAACAAUCCGUUUAUAUUAGCACUGUAUCCCUUGUGCCAUCCAACAUUUUGUAUGUUUUUGUAAACAGUUCAUACACAGUACAUUUCUGUACUGCUUUCUUUAAUGUAUACAUGCCUUGUUUAACUUGGAAUCUAUUAUUAUUAACCAAUUGACUAUUAAAUUUGGUUAAAUAGUUCACCUGGAUUAGCAGUAUUGUUGGACAGCCCUAAAAAAUGGCCAGAUUGUGAAACAGCUGUUGAAUGUAAACUUUCAAAAUGUACAUAUCUUCCCUGUGUCUGUUUCACUGGUUUGUUCGUUUGUUUGUUUCUUAAAGUCAGGUGCUCUGUCAGACUAACCUAGAGAGCUAUUAUGGUAGAGAAAGUUAUCAUACAUGUGUGGCAUGGAAUCAAGAGUACAUCUAUGAAGUAAGCCCAUAUACUUUGCAACUCCUUUGGGUUCUUUUUUCCUUAAUUAAAGAAGUAGUCCUUGCACUUUUAAUCCUGUAUCCAUACUUAGUAUUUGGCAUAUUAUUUGAGAUUUUGCCAAUAUACAUAAAAAGCCUUUAAUAGUCAUCGUAAAGAGAUUGGUGAAGAAAAAUUUAGCCACAGGUAAUUGAAGUCCUAAUGGAUAUUUCAUGUUUAAAUAGAUAUUCCAUAUUAAACACUAAUUUGAUUGUAAUAAAGGCCACAGGCCUCUCUAUGAAAUUGGAUUUAAACUUUCUUAAUCUAGGGAAUAAAACUUUCUUGAGCAAAACAGUAUCUGUUCGAACCUGAACUCCUGACUAAGGUAGUCUGAGUGAACAUUCAGCGUUUUCUGGAUUCCUCCUGAUGACUUCUAGCCAUAUAUUACUUUUUUUGAUUUCAGAAAACCUCCGUUUCGUAAUGGCCACUGGGUCUGCUUAGAUGGCAGUAUUUGUUACAUUCAUCUAAUCUGGUAGUUUCCACAGUUUUAUCUAAUGAAAGAAAGAAACUUUUGGGCCCAUUAUUACCUGUGUCUUUGCCAAUCUACCUAGCAUACAUCGAUACGUAAUGUAAAAGAUAUAUGAGCAAGGAAAGAGUCAUUUAACUUACCAAAUCAAGAACGUGCCCGAACAGAUCUUUCUUAGUCAUGUACUAAACCAUUUACAUCAGAAGUCUUUUUUUCCAGCCAGAAGCUUUAAAUCUUCCCAAAGCCGAAGGAGAGUGGUUCAUCUAAAUGUCUUGAAAGCAAGUUGUCAUUCUUAAAUUUCUCCAAUGCAAUUGAACAGAAAGGGGGACAUCUAUAACAUUCCUCUUACCCAAGUGACACAAAUGAUUAUUGCAUAAAAAUCUAACUUACCUUCUAAAUGAAAAAUGUAUGAGAAGAGAGAAAUCAGAAGAUGUAGGUGGAAGCUUUUCUUUCCCCCUCUACUACUCAGUGUUUCAAACCAUGGUCAUCCCAAAUUCUUGGCACUCUUUAAAUGUUAAAGUAAUGCUGAGCAGAAAAAAAGAUACCUAGUUUCAGGUUGUUGACACUGAAGCUAUUCCAUAAUUGCUUAGGUAUGUUGUCCAUAAUAGGAUUAGAAGUCAACACCAUAAAUAUUUUCUAUUUAUAAGGCAGAGUUAUAGGAAGAGAGAGAGAAAGGAAGAUUUUCCAUCUACUGGUUCACUUCCCAAAUGGCUGCAAUGGCCAGGACUGGGCCAGGCUGAAGCCAGGAGUUUCUCCUAGGUCUCCUACAUGGGUUCAGGGGCCCAAAGACUUGGGCCAUUCUCCACUGCUUUCCCAGGUGCGUUUGCAGGGAGCUGGAUUGAAAGUGGAGCAGCCGGGACUCAAACCAGAGCCCAUAUGGAAUGCCGGCAUUUCAGGCGGCAGCUUAACCUGCCAUUCCACCACACUGGCCCCAAUACCCUAAAUCUUAAUAAGUUAUCUGGCCCAACGUGGUCAUACUGCAUGUAAAGAGCCUGAGACCCAAAUUAAAGACUAGAUCCUUCUCAUUUAGCUUUUUUUUUUUUUUUUUUAACUCAUAAAACCGUGCUACCUUUGCCUGACCAGUAACUGAGGUUCAAGGACUAUGAAUUUCUUGGGGCAGUCCGCUGGUGGUACAGAGUGCCCAGUUUCUUUCUUUCAGAAUUAAAUGCCUUCUUUGUCUAGUCAAGCUGCCAGUUUUAUUGGAGAAAAGUAAUGGUUCACAGAGCUGAAAACUUUGCGCCUGGAAAGCAAGUUUAUGAGUAAUUUUUUUUUUUAAUCUGUGGUUCUGAUGUUCUCCGUGCUUUUGAUUUGCAGUGGACUGACCUGGCCAGCAUUGUGCUGGAAAUGUAGUGCUUGUGUUAGGUUAACUUUUCCUUGAUUUCUCAGAGUCUAACUCUGUGGCACUGGGUUGUGGUAUUGAGGCACCUGAUGGCUUUUGCCGGUCACCAGUUAGUGCUGCCAGUUCCUGGAGCUUCUCCCAGGAGAUGUCCAGUCCUAAAGAUACUUCACUGUGAAAGAAGGAACUAAACUAUCAGGUCUCUUUUACAAACAUCCUCUUAGUUUAUAAUCCAGAAUAAUAUCCAAAAUGAUAGAUUGCAUUUAACUUUGCCAGGCAUAUAUUGGGAAAAGUGCAAGUUACACUACUGUGUGUUUUCUGUUUUCCCUUUGGAGUGAUGAUGUUAAAUUAAGGUAAGUUUUUUUUUGUCUUUUUUUUUUUUUUAAUCAUUUCAGCUCCUUCUAGUUUAUAGAGAUGUCUUCUAAAUACUGUAGGCCCUUGACCUCAACCAAUUUGAUAUGAAUGCACUUACUCACAAGCAGCCCUGAAAGUCCAGAAACGUAAUGAAUUUGACAAAGCAUGAAGUUAAGAUGCCAGGAGAGUAAUGUAUGGCAAGAGUCACUUUUGAGUGUCUGGAGAGUGGGUUUGCUGUGUUUAGGGUAGAUUUCCCAGAUUUCACAUGCAGUGUGAUCCAAAGAGCAAGUUUGAGUCAACCCAGUCCCCAUCAACUUUUAAGAAGUGGCUGCUACUAGGGCCUGGGGAGGUGGGACUGUCCAAUUAACUAUGUCCUAUGCCCUCAGCCCAGGAAAGAUUUAAAUAGAGGAUUGGUAGGUGUAAAGGCUUCAAAAGAAGGCAGAGUGUGUUUGGUAGGAAAGCCCAGUCUGGAGUGAAAGCAAAAAAGCCUUCCAAGAUUUGGGGGCCUUGCUCACUUUGGCAGCACAUAUACUAAAAUUGGAAAUAUUUGGUGGCCUUGGUACACAUGUGCGCAAUCACCAAGGGAGGCCAGCAGUACACAUCUCAACAUGGCUUUGAUCCUCUCUAUUUCCUGGCCUUUAUCAUUGGCCUAAAAUUGUCAGCGAGAUUUACUGUAUUUUUAGUAGAGAAAAUUCUGUCUUUCGGUAUUGAGCAUUUGAAAUUAAUGAAGCUGUGUUGGACAGAUAGCUCAGGAGCAUAAAGGGUUAGAAAAGGUCUGUUUUCUGUGAUUAACAAACAUUAUGGAUUCCAUGGCUGACCUUGGUGCUUAAAGCUAGAGGUUCCAGUCUAGUCCUAGAGUUCUGUCCCUCUGAAAGGCCCAGCUCCCUGUGACUUAACUUUAAAUUGGAUAUACACUUUGAGCCCUGUUUAAUUCACAGAUAAAUUGACUGCAUUCGGAAUUAUUGCUUCAAUUAAUGAAAAUAGUCCUCUUUUCAACCCCAGGUUGCUUACAUUUUGCUGGUUUCCCCAAGUGACCAUUGGUGGAGACCAGGUAAUGAAGGAAUGAAUUCACUUUCUUGGGACUGUGGUAUUCUACAGAGCCACAUUUAACCACUUUUUUCAGUGAAGAAUCUACAGAACGAUAAUACCCAAAUGUGGAUGGCCAAGACGAAUUUUUACCUACAGUGUACUUUAUGUAUUUUUGACACUGCUGUAUUCUUUGUGAUCCAGUGACUGUGGUUCCAAUGUGACUAAGUGUCCUCAAAGAAUUCUAGUAACUAACUCAAUUUCCUUAAGCCUAGUAUUACUGUCAGUCUCACAUUUACCACUUUGAUUCCAGUCUUUCAACUGUUUGUAACAGGGCAUAGCAAAGGUUGGGAUGAGAGCCUACUUCCUACCUCCUAAGGCACUUUCCUUAUUAUUUUGCCAUAUAACCUUGAAAUGCAUGAUAAGCUGUUCAAAUGUUCAUGACUUCUCCCAGAGCAAUUAGCAAAGCCUAUGACAUUUUGAAUAGAGAUUAGUGGAAAGGAAAAUUUAAGAGAUUUAAGUUCCAGAGGUGGACACCUCUUUAGAGCACAUACGAUGUGAGUACAGUAUAUGUAAAUGUAUAUGAGAAGAGAGUUGCUGUAAAAGUCCUAAGUAGAUUAGUUCAAUAUCUAAUGGAAGUGAACAUCUUUACUCCUAUUAUCACUAUUGUACUGAAUGAACUGUAUACUGAGUUUUUCAGACAAGGAUUUAAGAUAGAACUUCUAAACACAAGCAAGGGCAUAAGGAUAAAGAAUUCGGUUUGUGUUUCUGUAAGUGUGGUUUACCAUAUAAAGCUUUUGUUUUUUUAAUUUAAAAAAAAGGCUUCAAGUAUUGCCAUUCAUUAGCAUCCUUAAUGAUUGUGGGUUUUUUUUUUACUCUUAAAAUUAUAGACAUAUACUUUAUUUUCUCUUGUCCUAAACAAAAAGGAAGGCAUAUACCUAAGGGAUGUAAUUAUUUUGCAGUUUUGGCCAUGGGUGGGAAUGGGCGGGGUCUACAGUUUUUAAAAAAGAAAAAAAUCACAAAUAUUUUUCUACUAUUAUAUAUGAUCUUACUUUAUACUAGUUUCUCUCAAGGUAAGGCAUGCCAGAAGCCCAAGUUACCGUAUCAUGAGUUCUUAUGUAUUGUACCUUUUAUUGGUGGUUAAAUCGUAUCAGAUGCUUGGCACUGCUGCCAUAAUUAUGAAAUGCUUGUAAAGGAUCAAAUAUCACUGAAUAGUUUAAAUUGUUUUACUUAAAAGUCUAAUCUGGGAAAUUUGCAAAUCAUAUUAUUAAUGUGUAUUCUAAGCUUUCUCAGAUGUAUCCAUGAAUAAUCUUGGAACAAUAUUGCUUGUAUUCCUGUUAUAGAACAGGUUUUGUAAUCUUUAAAAGAAAUGAAAAUUUAUAUAAUAAAGUUUGAAAUAAAUGCA